AUGCACCGAGUGCGGACAGGCUUUGGUGACUCUGAAGAGAGCUUUCAUCCUCCUUCCAUGGUACCAUUUCAGGGUUGCGGCCAGGGCAACGGAGCGGGCCCGCCCAUCUGGGUCUCCGUUAGCUCUGUCAUCAUCCAGAUGAUGACCGCGAUGGGCUUCGGCUUCGAAUGCCUCACCGCGAUUGAUUCUCAACUGAUCACCGCUCAGUGCUUCUGCUUCGUUGACAACACGGAUGUGAUCGAAGCGGGCAAGUCCGUGGAACAAUCUGGCGAGGAUAUAUGUCACUCCGUCCAACAAGCGGCUUCCACGUGGGCUGGAGGCAUUAGUGCUACUGGAGGGGCAAUUAACCCAGAAAAGUCCUUUUGGUGGUUGAUUGACUUUGUGUGGGACUCCAGAGAGGGCAAAUGGAGGUUCCGCCGGACACACCAACUCCUACCGGAUCAUCCAUUACAAAUACCGGGACUGACUGGCGAAUUGGAAGCCUUACGCCGUCUGGAGCCGGAUGAGGCAGAGAAAACCUUGGGGGUCAUGUUGGCCCCAUUGGAAGAUCAACAUGCUCACGUCGUCCAUCUCAAGAGUAUCGCCAAAAAGUGGGCUGAGCAAGUGCGAUCGGGGCAUCUACACAAAUACGAUGUCAUUCCCCUUAUCAAGACAACAGUGAUGAAAUCCCUGGAAUAUCCUAUGGUGUUAACUACACUGGAUGCUGCGACAUGGGUGUCAAUUAUGAGUCCUGUUCUCCAAGUCUGCCUGCCGAAGGCCGGCAUAUGUAGAAGCUUUCCUCGGGACAUGGUUCUUGCCCCUAUCAAGUUCCAGGGUCUGGGCAUCCCUCAUCCGUUUGGUACUCAGGUGUCUAAACAUAUUGAGGUCCUGCUUCGCCACUUGUCCAACCGAACAAAAACUGGGGCGUAUAUGGAGGCUGCGGUUCAAGAACACCAACUCGAGACCGGCACCUCCUUUGGACUCUUCCAGCAGGACUAUAGCAACACGGCAAUUUUGGCGUCAGAUACUUGGCUCAAAAGAGUCUGGAAAGAGUUGGAGGACUUGGAUAUCUACGUUGCCCUUGACUCGCCUGUCCUCCCUCUCCGGUGCGAAGGCGAUGCCUUGCUCAUUGAGGUAUUCAUGGAGUUGGAAGUGGAUCAGGACGCUCUAAAGUGGCUCAACUGGUGCCGUAUGUUCCUCCAAGUUUGCACCGUCUCCGACAUCGUGACGGCCGAUGGCCGCAGCAUACGAGAGUCCAUGUGGCAUGGGGAACGUGACUACGCUCAUCGGUCGUCAUAUCAAUGGCCUCGCACUGUCCGGCCCAACAGGAACCACUGGAAGGUGUGGCAGGAACACCUUACUCGAGCACUACUUGUCUCUGACGGACCCCAGCGCCUACUGCGUCAUCCUCUGGGCCCAUGGAUCGAUCCUCUCGACAACUGGAACUGGUUAUGGUCUUCUACCCACGGAUUAUUCCACCGCCAGGGCCACGGUCGGCAACAAUACCGUCACCGUCGCUCCUCCACACGGAGCAUUCAAUGGGACUAUCCUCGUUCUACGCAAUUGUCCGGGUGCAAACGACCACAUAACGAGCAUACCGCCCACGGCGUCAGCUUCUUGCCAGCCCCCUUUUGGACCCAACCACUCCCAGCUGACUUGUGCCGAGCUACUGUCCACAUUACGCCUUCGCUAGGCACUCUAGCCCUCACUGGCAUUGGGACAGCACCGCUGCAGCCGCAUCACGACUCUCAACCGUCCUUGCUGGCCGCCUGGAUGGCCGCCUCAGCCAGGGUGACCGAGUAUGUUGGCUGGACCCCUGACAAAAUUGAGAUCGAUGGCGACGAAAGCCUCCUUGCUGAAGCCCUACUCGACGACCGGCUGUGUGUGAUCAGCGACGGUUCUUAUAAGCUCGGUCUGGGCACGGCAGCGGUUCAACUGCUUCCACGUAAGGGUGGCACGGAACGUAUUAUUAUUCGGUGCCAGACUCCAGGUCUAACUGAUGACCAGAGCGCGUACCGGAGUGAAUUAAUUGGCCUACUGGCCGGUAUCAUGGUUGUUGAUUGGUUCCUGGACCAGUGGGCCCCAACACUUCGAUCACCACCCCGCGUUAGGAUUGCGUUCGAUGGAUUUUCGGCGUUGCUCAACACCUUUGGUGACAAUUGA